GCGAAGUGUAUGUUUGCGCCCGCUGAUUGGUUGAAGCUACAGUCUGACGUAAUAAAUCUCAAUGGCGCGAAAACCAUCAUUUUGCUUGGCGUGCAGCAAAGUGAGGAAGCAAGAAUAUUGCGGGAAUGCAGGGUUGUUUUUUCUUUUUUAGAUAGGGCAAGAGGUACAGUAGUUAAUAAAUAUUUAAUAAUAAUGAAUCUGUCUGUGGAGGAAACUAUACUGGAAACCCGGAGCGUUUUAAAUGAAUUAUCAGUACCUAACGAGCAAGCUGAUGCUCUUUGCUAUUUACUAAAAGAAAACCAAGUGGAUUCAAACAUUAUUGUACAGACAGAGUUUGACACCUUGAAAAAGGCGUUUCCAUCCAUACCAUUGGGGCAUUUAUUGAAAUUGGUAAAUCAUUUUAAACAUAAACCAUCCACAUUGUUAGAAGUUGAAAGUGAUGCAGAUACAAUUCCAAUAUCUGAAUCUGACACAAGUUUUGACGAGUCAAGUUGCAGUAUUGACAGUUUAGAUACUUUGGUUGAUUCCCCUUCGAUACCUAGUUUAUCCAGGCCAGUGCCUAGAGAAUUUCCAGCUAGUUCUUUUCAUUUUAAUUAUCAUGCCCGGGAAGUUAUUCGCACUGGUAUUAUAACUGAAACAGGAAAAAGAGAAAUUACCACAUCAAUCAUAAAUGCAUUAAAGGAGUAUGAAAGAUUUCCCACACCAACGUUAAGAAAAAUGGCAGUGUCAACAUUUGUGCAAAUAGGAAAAGCAUCAUUGGGAUUAAGUCGAGCUGAAGCAAUGAACUUUUGGUUGCGUAAGGUGACACAGAAGUUGAAUACUCAGGCUAAGCAGCAGAGAAAAUUGUCAGAACAACCAACAUCAUCUAAACGAUCCUACAACAAUACAUCUGGUGUCGCCAACACCAGUGUUAUAAAACGAAAAAAGACUACUGCAUUUUGUGGGGAUUCUGAGGAAGAUAUAAAUAUAUCCAAAGAGAUUAUGAAGGAGGAAUUUGCCAAGCCUUCGAUUCAUCGAAACAAAAAAAUGAUUUCAAAUAAAAUGCAACAAACCUGUUGUUUUCGCCAUAAGUUCAUUGUUGACAACAACCCCACUGCUAAACUUGUUUUUGCAGAUUGGCCUGCUCUAAAGGUUUAUGAUGAGAUAGUUUGGGAAUUCGAGCGGCUGCAACCAAAUGUUUGUGCAAGUGACUACCAGAUCCGGAAGCUUGGAGUGGAAAUAAUGAAAUCCGUACUUGAUCACACCAUGAAAAAGCAACAAAAAAGUUUAUCUGUGCAAAAGAUUUUGGAGACUUUACCAUUGGAUGGCAACUUUGAAGAAAAUGAAGAUUUAGUUUUUGUUACUGGAUUGCAGCUCCUCUUCUGUGCCCUAAAAUGCAACACGAAAAGAAAGUACAAUCAACAUUGUUAUUUGGUUGACUUUUAUCCGGUUAAUACAACAGUGUCAGAAAUUGCAGGUGGUAUACCUGACCGCUUGCAGCCAUUUUUGCCGUCUAUGGCACCGCAGCACAGCAUCAUAAAAUUACUUUAUUUUUGGAUAAAUCACCGAUUUUGGAUGUAGACAACAUCUUCAAUGGCAUUAUUGCUAUAAUGGCAUAUCAUUAUGUUUUAAAUUAUGAAUACUGUCAUCAUGUAAAGAAAGUAAUGCAGUUUCUUCAAGUAUACCUAUUUAAACUACCUAUACAAAAACCUGAUGCUCUUUGUGACAGUGUACUAGAAUUGGCCCUCAUGCUUAAGUGUUAAUGAUUCAAGCUAUUUCUGCCUGCAAUUUCUAUUGUUCUCCCAUUAAGUGAUACUGUUUUUCUUUUAUUUAUAAGUAACCCAGUGGUCUCCAACCUUUUUUUAAGACAAGUUUAACCCCAAGGAAAAAAUAUCAAAAUUUUAUGUCAUGCUACUUAAAAUACCAAACCCAAUAACACUAGAAUGCAUAUUAGGCGCAGCGUCUACAAUACGUUCUGUAUCCUUUAGCGCUAAUGACUAUGACAAUAGUCAAUGCAUCAAUUGGUUUGAUGUAAUCUGAAUGUUAAUCAAAAAGCCAAUUUAAUUGGUAUUAUAACGCAACAGACAAUAGGUUAUCGGAUUUGGUGUU